UACAGUGUGAGUUUUCAAUCCGAUCACUUUUUUCUACGUAAAACUUUAAAGAAUUCCCAGAAACCUUUCAACAAAUGUCUUGGACUUCCAACAGUUUUCAAUAUUUUUUUUAUUUAAAAAAAUUGAAUCGUUAAAAAACGAAGGUCUGGGAAGGAAAUGUAAAGAGUGCGCGGAGAUGAUUCUUUUCGGGAUUUUUUUUCCAGCGGAGAAUUAGUUUCCGAAAAAUUUUAGUUGGAAUGAAGUGCGUUCGGAGGUGAGGGGAUGAUGGAGGACCUGAAGACGUGGAGGUGCUGCCCCUGGAUGUGGCAUUGCGGGCAGAAUUUAGUGGUGACCAAUUUGAAUAACAAAAAUAAGAAGAAUAAUAAGGGGCAGAAGAGUGGGGUUGAACAGCAGAUUUACAGGAGAUUGAGCCAAGUGAGGAAGGACGCGAUUUUUGGGGCUGCACAAGUGACGAAGAAUGAGGAGUUUCCUAUUUUCAGAAAGAGUCAUGAGGAGCAGAAGAGAAUAACUGACGCAAUAAAACGCAAUAAUUUCCUCUACAAGAUGGAGGACCACCAGGUGGACAUGAUAGUGUCCACGAUGUACCCAAGGCUCUUCCCGAAAAAAACUAGAGUAAUUAAAGAGGGAGAUAUUGGACAUCACCUGUACGUGUCCGAGACCGGGGACUUCGAGAUCUUUAAGGGGGGCGAGUUCCAGGGUAGUUUCGGGCCUGGAGUUGCCUUCGGGGAGCUAGCCUUGUUGUACAAUGUCAAGCGAGCAGUUUCAGUCGACGUGAAGCCCGGGGGUAAGGUCUGGGUGCUGGAACGCGCGGCGUUUGUCGCCGCGAGGAUAAAGAACGCUCAGGAAACGGUUGAGAGCAAUGUUGAGGCGCUCAGAAAAAUUUCGCUGCUCAAAGACCUCCCGCGACACGUUCUAUCGAAAAUAUCGGAUCUGAUGCACGUGGAGUUCUUCACCGCGGGGUCCUACAUCCUCAGACAAGGUCAUGUGGGGGAUAAGUUCUAUAUAAUCAACUGUGGAAGCGUGAAAAUCACGAAAACUCAGGAUAGCGGGGAGGAAGUGACGCUCGCGGUGCUCGAGGAAGGCGAUUACUUCGGGGAAAAGGCGCUCUAUGAGUCUGGUGGUAACAAGAGACAGGCGAACGCCAUCGCGGAUGAUCGGGGGGCCGAAUGUUUAGCGAUUGAUCGAAGAACAUUCCUGAAUUAUUUGGGUGACCUGGAGUCGAUAAAAAAGCGAGACUGGAAAUCAGACUACGAGAUGAGGAAACGAUCCCUGAAGGUUCAGUGGAUAAGCGACUACCCGGAUGUCAAAUUAUCCGACCUCGAGGUAAAGGCUGUCAUCGGUGAGGGAAGUUUCGGUAGAGUUCAAUUAGUCACGACUAGAUCAAUUCCAAAUGUUAGCUUUGCACUGAAAAAAAUUAAGAAAAGUCUUGUCAAGAGUCUGGAUCAUCAGAAGUACAUUCUGGAUGAGAAGUACAUCAUGAAGGCGUGCAAAUCUCCUUUUAUAUGUCGACUUCACCAGACGUACAAAGACCCGAAGUACGUCUACUUCCUCAUGGAGGCUUACCUGGGUGGCGACUUGAGGACACUAUUGUACAGAAACUUCAGGUUCGACAACUCAGCAGCGAAAUUCGUCGCUGCCUGCAUGGUCGAGGCUCUCGAUCAUCUGCACUCCCAUGAUAUUGUUUACAGAGAUUUGAAACCGGAUAAUAUUCUGCUGGACGCGCGGGGCUACGCUAAACUGACUGAUUUUGGAACGAGUAAGCGAAUAGGUCCGUACAAAACCUGGUCAUUCGUUGGAACUCCUGAAUAUAUGGCGCCCGAGAUUAUACUAGAAGAGGGACAUGACAGGGCCGCUGAUUAUUGGUCCCUGGGUAUCACCAUGUUCGAGCUACUAACAGGUCAUCCGCCAUUCGAUGACGAGGACAAAGUGACACUCUACCAUAAAAUAGUGGACGGAAUAGAGUCUAUACAAAUGCCAGGACUAAAAACCAGUGCUCAGAGCAUUAUAAAGAAAUUAUUGCGUCCUAAACCGGUGGAACGGCUGGGUUACCUCAGGGCGGGCAUUAGUGACAUCCGAAACCACCACUGGUUCUCCCACUUCGACUGGAAAGCCCUCCGCAACCAGACCCUGCGCUCUCCAAUAAUUCUCAAGGUGAACGGUCCUCUGGAUAGCAGACACUUCGACAAAUACCCCCUGGAGCGCGAGGUGGCGACCAACGACUUCUCCGGAUGGGACGCAGACUUCUAAGCUCUGAAAAAACACAGCCAAUUGAAAAAACUGGGCGAAGCAGAUCGAGUGUUUUUUACGACUCCUCAAUUGU